AUGGCACCACCAGCAAAUCUGCUGCGCGCGGCGCGGCGCAACUUGACUACAGCACGACACUUCCCAAUCCACGAUUUUCUCGCACCCGCGCUCUUCUAUCCCACCGUCUCGUCGCGCCGCCUGGUAUCAAGCACACCCGCCCGGCACGCCGAAGUCGCCGACAGCACAUCAUCCGCAUCAUUGACACCAUCACCGUCAGCAGCGAGACACCAGAAUGAUGGGCAUACAGGCAAUAGCAACAAAGGGAAGCGCAAGCCGCUCACCAAGGAGCAGCGCGACUUCCUCUCGUCAGCCCUGCGCGUCAACCAGGCGGGCGAGCUGGCCGCGACGCUGAUCUACACGGCGCAGACGCCGCCGGUGGUGCGGCGCCAGCCACACCUCCGGCCGCUGAUGCGGCACAUGUACGAGCAGGAGGAGGGCCACCUGAAGACGUUCAACGCGCUGAUUGCCCGGCACCGCGUGCGGCCGACGGCCAUGUACCCGGCGUGGUCGGCGAUGAGCUACGGGCUGGGGUGGGCGACGGCGCUGAUGGGCCAGGAGGCGGCCAUGGCGUGCACCGAGGCCGUCGAGACCGAGAUCGGCGACCACUACAACGGGCAGAUCCGCGAGCUGCUCGACAUGGUGCGCCGCUGGGAGGACGAGGGCUACGAGGUUGGGGGCGAGUUUCGCGACCUCAUUGCCACGCUGCGCCGCAUCCGCGACGAGGAGCUCGAGCACCUCGACCACGCUGUCGAGCAUGACUCCCAGAAGGCCGAGCCCCACUGGCUGCUCACUGGGGCUAUCCGGCUGGGGUGCCGGGGCGCGAUUUGGGUGAGCGAGAAGGUCUAG